CAGAUUCGUUCUGUUUACAAUCAAAUCAAUUUUUAAAUCAAAAGUGUAAACAACAAAUAAUAUCACAAAAAUAAUGAAAGAAAAUCAAGCAUAAUUUUUCAAAUCGACGUAUCUAACUUUUUCACUGAUCUGAGUAAAUUCAUGGUCAAUGUUGACGACCAUUUCACUAAAAUAGUUUUUUAUAAAAAGACUUUUCAUAAGUUUUUUCGUGCUUAACAUCACCAGGGAUAUAGCACGCACUAGAGAUGUGGGUUCUUCAAUUUUCUUGAUGAAUCAUGCAUGCAGCAGUUAACCCGGAUUUGUUUACAUUCUCGAGUUACGUCGGAUUGAAAAGUUAUGCUUGAAAUGUCCUCGGAACAAGCCACCAGCCCUCUCUCCGACGGUACUUCACCACAACUCCCGCCACAACCACUGGCCGCCGUUGACCCGCUCUCACUUCUAAUGAUCGUCGUGGUGGCCCUCUUCUGGGGUGCAACCAAUCCGUUCAUACGGCGGGGUAGUCUCGGCUACAACAACCUCAAAGCUCCGACCCGCUGGGGUCAGUUGUGGUUGGAGGUGCAGUUCCUUAUCUCGCGGUGGCAGUAUCUGCUACCGCUGGCUGUGAAUCAGCUUGGCAGUGUGGUGUACGUGUUUGCCCUGCAACGGACGGAGUUGUCGCUGGUGGUACCGAUGGCCAAUUCGUUGACGUUUGUGUUUACGGCCGUUACGGCGCGAUUGCUGGGGGAGCAGGGUGGCAGUUGGAAAACAUACACUGGAAUGGCACUUGUUAUAGCUGGGACGGUUCUCUGCAGUAUAGAGAAGGUUUUGUGAUAAUAGUUCAAUAAAUUGCUUAAAAGGAAGAAUAUAAUAAUAAAUCACUAUUGAAUUUUA